GGCGGACCGGUCAGUGACUGCAGAACAAGUACUUGCCCUUAAACUUGCAAGCAGUGCUGUUGCUCAGAUCGCUCAUUAUUCUAAUCAUUAUUUAACAAUAAGAGUACAACAGCAGCACCAUGUCUCUUGCGGCAGAGGCGUUCAUGUCGCAGAUGGCAGCUGCUGAGCCGUGGCCUGAAAAUGCAACCUUGUACCAGCCACUGAAGGAGGAUCAGAUUCUCCUGUCAGACUGCGCAUCAUCUCUCGCUGUUCAGGCGUACCUGAGGAUGUGUGGUCUGCCAGUUCAGGUGGUCUGCAGAGCAAACGCUGAAUACAUGUCACCUUCUGGUAAAAUUCCCUUUAUCCACGUGGGCAACCAGGUGGUGUCAGAACUGGGGCCGAUUGUGCAAUUUACUAAAGCUAAGGGUCAUUCUUUGAGCGAUGGCUUAGAUGACGUUCAGAGAGCUGAAAUGAAAGCGUACAUGGAGCUGGUCAACAAUAUGCUGCUUACUGCUGAGUUGUACAUUCAGUGGUGUGAUGAUUCUACAGCCACUGAGAUUUCUCGUCCCAGAUACAGCAGUCCGUACUCAUGGCCUCUCAAUAAAAUGCUCGCCUACCAGAAGCAGUGGGAGGUGCGCAGGAAGAUGAAUGCCAUUGGCUGGGGAGGGAAAACCCUGGAGCAGGUUUAUGAAGAUGUGAGUCAAUGCUGCCAGGCUCUCUCUCAGAGGCUGGGAACACAGUCAUACUUUUUUAAUAAACAGCCUACGGAGCUGGAUGCAUUGGUGUUUGGCCAUCUCUUCACUAUACUGACUACUAGACUGACCAGCACUGAGCUGGCAGAGAGGAUCAAGAGCUACAGCAAUCUUCUGUCCUUCUGCAGACGCAUUGAACAGACCUACUUUGAAGACAAGAGCUCCUGAAGGACUGAAAAUAACAUAUCUGUCUCUCUAUCACCUCUUCUCGUACAUUCUUUCCUUCUCUCAUUCCCCAGAUUGUAGCCCUAAGAAGCUGAAAUGCCUAAAAAAAAUUGCAUACGUGUCCUUUCUCCUAUUUUUCCUUCACUUUUGGCUUCCUGUUCAUACAUCAUCUCCAGAAGUUUAAGAAUUAUGAAUGUCCUAAAGUAAGCAUAAUUUUUAGCAUAAUGUAUUAAGAAUAUGUAAAAGAAAAUGUCCUGAGUUAAAUGUGUUUUUCAAAAUAUUAUGAGAACAAAUGCCACAUAUGCUAGUAACUGUGAUCAUCACAGUUAGUGGAAGACGUUGAGAAUCCAGCUUUAUGAAAAGUGAAUACAAAAAAUAUCAAAGCUGAUAUACAACCUUAAAUCAGUCUGAAAUGAACAUCAAAGAUUAGGAUUAAACGCUGAUCAGACUUCUAAAUCUUUCAGAUUUGUUGUCAGGAUCAAGUUCACCUCAGCAGAAUGUCUGCACACACUUGGGUUUUUCAUGUUUUACACUCUUUUUCACGGAAGUGGUGUCUACAUGUGUCAGAGUGCAUGGGUGCGUUUCUAAACACCCACCGCCUCGCUGAAAACCGAGGUGUGGAUUUCCCAGCCUCGUGACAUGGCUGCAUUUCAGAAAACAGAACUCCACUUGACCUACGUCCGAGGUCAAAUGGCUCACUGUGUUUUUCCUCCAGGGCACUCCCAAAGCUUGCAAGAAAUGUGAAACGGAGAGAGAAAAUCCAGAGAGAGGUUGCUUUUUAUUCUGUACAAAAUGCAUGAACAUAGUCAUGAUUUAUUCCUUAUUUUUUUCCAUGUUUUACUUGUGUGAAUAGAAAGUGCCUACAUGAUGGAAUACACUUGCCACAAUACAUUUCUCCCCCAAAUAA